AUGGCUGAGAAAUUUGAGCCCAAGGUUUCCGUUCAGCUGAACCCUCCCCAGGAUGAUCCCAUCACCCUAGAGGAGUUGUCUCAGGCUACCGGUGUUGACGGCGGCAAGUGUUAUGUUGCCAUCAAGGGCAAAGUUUACGAUGUCACGGGAAACAAAUCUUACCAGCCGGGUGGAUCUUACCACGUGUUUGCCGGUAACGACGCGUCACGGGCAUUGGCCAAAUCAUCGACGAACCCGGCCGACGUGAAGCCUGAGUGGAAAGACUUGGACUCCAAGGAGCAAGGUGUGCUGGACGACUGGAUCACCUUUUUUUCUAAACGUUACAAUGUCAUCGGUACUGUGGUGGGCGCGACUAACGUGUAA